AUGAUUAGCGCAUUUUUCAUAUAUAACCAGAAGGGCGAAGUUCUCAUCUCAAGAUUAUAUCGUCAAGAUCUAAAACGAUCUGUGGCAGAUAUUUUUAGAAUUCAAGUAAUUUCCAAUACUGAUGUUCGAUCUCCAAUCAUUACACUUGGAUCAACCUCAUUUUUUCAUGUUCGUCACGAAAACCUUUAUAUAGUGGCAGUUACAAAAUGUAAUGCCAAUGCUGCUUUAAUUUUUGAAUUUUGCUAUAGGCUUAUUAAUAUAGGAAAAUCAUAUUUUGGAAAGCUUGAUGAGGAGGCUGUUAAAAACAAUUUUGUUUUGAUAUACGAAUUAUUGGAUGAGAUUUUGGAUUUUGGAUAUCCUCAAAAUAGUGAAACUGAAACAUUGAAACUAUAUAUUACAACAGAAGGUGUAAGAUCUGAAAGAGCACUUAAAACAGAUUCAUCAAAAAUCACUAAUCAAGCAACUGGUGCUACUUCGUGGCGUAGAUCCGAUAUCAAAUACAGGAAGAAUGAGGCGUUUAUAGAUGUCAUAGAAUCAGUUAAUCUUUUGAUGAGUACUAAAGGUACAAUAUUGAGAGCAGAUGUUUCUGGUCAAAUUAUGAUGAGAGCUUAUCUCUCUGGCACGCCAGAAUGUAAAUUUGGUUUAAACGAUAAAAUAUUAUUGGAUAAAGAUUCUUCUCAAAGAAGCAGAACGAAUGCCGUUGAAAUUGAUGACUUUCAAUUUCAUCAAUGUGUUAAAUUGGGUAAAUUUGAUUCUGACCGUACUAUAACUUUUGUGCCACCAGAUGGCGAAUUUGAAUUAAUGAGAUACCGUACUACAGAAAACGUUAUUCUUCCUUUUCGUGUUCAUCCCGUUGUCAAUGAGAUUGGUAAAUCUCGUGUUGAAUAUAGAGUAACUGUGAAAGCAACAUUUUCAUCAAAACUAUAUGCAAAUGAGGUUGUGUUAAGAAUCCCUACUCCAUUAAACACUGCAAAUAUUAAUAUACGUGUUGUAUCUGGAAAGGCAAAAUAUGUUCCGGCGGAAAAUCAUAUUUUUUGGAGAAUCCCUCGUUUUCAGGGACAGCAAGAAAUAACAUUAUCAGGUGAGGCAGAACUUUCAGCCACAACAAUUAAAAAGGUAUGGUCAAGGCCUCCGAUAUCAAUGGAUUUUCAGGUUUUGAUGUUUACAUCUUCAGGUUUAUUAGUAAGAUUUUUAAAAGUUUUUGAAAAAAGUAAUUAUAAAAGUGUUAAAUGGGUAAGAUACAUGACAAAAGCAGGAAGUUAUCAAAUUAGGUGUGAUGGUGAUUUUCCAACCUGUGGUAAUUGUAAAACUUAUAAUAGCGAUUGCAGUUACAGUCAUCCCGGUAGCAAAAGAGGUUACGCUGAAACUAUCGAUGAACGAUUAAAUAAGAUUGAGCAAGUUUUAUCAAAAUUUCUCGAAGGAAUUUUUGUAUCGUCAUAUUCCACAACUACCGACAUAACUUCAUCUCCACCAACACCAAUAUAUUCUUCAUCUACAAGUUCUUUAAUAUCCAAAGUCACUAAUAACGGUAAAGAUGAUCUUCGUGUGAUUGCAACGGAACCCCCUCUUCCCUCUAAAUAUAAUGGUGACACUGAUUUACCUGAUAAAUAUUUAUUUGACCAUUUAAUACAAGUUUUCAUAAAAAAUGGCUCUUCCAACAGAAGUCCUUUAAUACAUAAACCAACUUUCUUAAAACAAAUAAAAGAUAAAAACAAUCAACCUUCCUUAUUAUUGUUGAAUGCUGUGAUGGCUGUGGCUAGUAUUUAUUCUGAUAAUCCUGAAGUAAGACUUGAUAAAAAUAAACCCGAGACCGCUGGUGACCUAUUUUUCAGGAGAGCAACGAGUGAAUCUCGUCUUUCUACCAUACAAGCUAUAUGCUUGUUAAUUCAAUUUUGUGUUAAAUCUUCUGAUCAUUCUUGUAGACUUUGGAUGCUUAUUGGUAUGGGAAUGAAAAUGGCUUUAGAUUUAGGUUUACAUCGUGAUUGUUCUCAAUGGAAUAUCAGUAAACUAGAAAAGGCUAUGAGAACUAGGGUAUUCUGGGCAAUCAUGAAUGUUGAAGUUGUUGCGUGCGCUUCUUUUGGAAAACCAUAUCCAAUCUAUGAUCAUAAUACAAGGUACCCUUAUGAGAUUGAUGAAGAUGGUGAUGAGAAACAAGAUGUUAUAAAUUAUUGUCAUUACUCAAAAUUAUUAAAAAUUUUUGGAAACGUCUUACACUCAAAACCCUACACAUCUCAACCUGGUGCUAUAAGAAACACAUUACCAGCAAUCGACGCUUCAUUAAAUUCUUGGUCACUUGCAUUACCAGCUCAUCUGCAAUACACUCCCAACGAUAAACUGGAAGACCUUGAACCAAAUUCUGUACAUGUAUAUGCUGCCUAUCUACAUCAAUUCUACAAUACUAUUUUAAUCACUUUGCACAGACCUUACGUAGAUUCACCGGAAGAGUAUCCUGGUUUUGACUCCAGGAAGAUUUGCCACAAUGCUGCAAUAAACAUCGCAAAAUUAUCGAGUUGUAUACCCGUUGAUAGUCGUGGAAUUUAUUACACAUUUUCUGCAUCGGCUUAUUGUUUAACUCAAUCUACCAUGAUAAGUAUCAUGAAUAUGGAUCAUAGGGGUCAUCAGGAUCAUAAGGAUUACUCUGAAAGUGCGAUAAAGUAUGCAAAAAAGUCGGUGGAGGCUUUAAAAAAAUUAGCAAGAUGCGGAAGAUUAGGGAAAGGAUAUUGUGGAAAGGCAAAAAGACGUGUUAGUAAAGGUCGCGUCAACAAUAAUAAUAGCAAAACUUUAGAAAAUGGCGGUGGUGUUGGUAGUGUUGGUGACGUUAAAGAUCUUGUUAUAAUUCAUGGAAAUGAAAACCACCCAUCACUACAAAAAUAUUUGACUGUGACUCCAUUUCCUACAUCUCAAAUCUUUAAACCAAACUCAACACCUGAACCUGAACCAUCGCCUAAUUUUCAAUACCAACAGCAUUUGUCACAUCAACAUCAUCAUCAAUCAAGAAAUCAAAAUCUAGCAUCAACAAUGUCGUCGUUUACUUCAACACCAUCAAAUCCAUCAACUGCAUUCAUUGAUUUGCAAUCUCAUCAUCAGCAAUUAGCUUUAAAUCCUGUCUCAUCAUCAUUAGCCGAACCACCAAUUGUGCCAUCAUCUAAUUAUUAUAAUGCUACUGCCACUACAAACGG